AUGGCAACCAUGACUAGUGAAAUGCAACCCGGCAUGUUUUCAUCCGAUUUGUCCUGCCCAGAUUGGCUGAAUGCCGAGCACGAAACCGGGACAACUAUUAUGGCUGUACAGUUUGAUGGUGGAGUAAUAAUUGGUGCAGACUCGAGGACUACAACAGGAGCUUAUGUUGCGAACCGUGUGACAGACAAACUGACCAAAGUGACAGACAGGAUUUACUGCUGUAGGUCGGGAUCUGCUGCCGACACCCAAGCAAUUGCAGAUAUUGUUACAUAUCACCUCAACUUCCACAAAAUGGAACAUGGUGAGGAGCCACCAGUGAAAGUGGCAGCCAAUGUGUUUAGGGACUUGUGUUACAACUACAGGGACAGUCUGAGUGCUGGUAUCAUUGUUGGUGGCUGGGACAAAGAAGAAGGAGGACAGGUGUUCACAGUACCAUUGGGUGGCAUGUUGACGAGAAUGCCAUUCGCUACUGGAGGUUCUGGUAGUACUUACAUCUAUGGUUAUGUAGACUCAAACUACAAGGAGGACAUGACCAAAGAGGAAUGUUUGAAAUUUGUAUCAAAUGGUCUGGCCUUGGCGAUGAGUCGAGAUGGUUCCAGUGGAGGUGUUAUCAGGAUGGCUUGUAUCAACAGAGAUGGAGUAGAACGCUUCGUCAUGACGGGGGAUGAAAUACCAAAGUUUUAUGAGACAUACUGACCAUUGUCUCAUCACUGAAAAAUCAUUCAUAAAAGUUCAUACCACAUAACAACAAACUUAAAUUUAUGGACCAUGAGAUGUACCAAUUGGAUAAUGGAGAAGCAGUGUGUUGGCUUGUCCAUUUUCACAGGUCAAGUGGAAAGUCAAUUCUGAUAUCGAGGACUGAAACAAUUGAAAAUGUCAUUUGAAGAUUAAAAAAAAAUAAAUGAUUGACUUUUGAUGUUGGAAUAAAUCUUGACUCCUCCUGAUAUACAUCUUGUGUGGAUAGCCAAGUAUGAAGUGCUACAAUCCUUUAGAUAUUCGUGUAAUUGUGCGAAUUGUUUAUGAUCAUAAUAAAAACAUUGUUGAACUGA